UUUCUCCUGCCUCUUCCUUGUUCCCCCCCCGGCAGGUUUUCCGAUGCAUGUCCACGGUGAAUGUCGGAAGUGGUGAUUCCCCCAGAUGGAGCUCCAAAGUCAACAUGGCCCUGGCGGUUCAUUAGUGGUGAUCCAGCAGCCUUCCCUAGAGAGCCGGCAGAGGUCGGAUUACGAGCGGGAGUUCCAGCAUGCCGGCAUUUUCUCUCUGGAACAAAUCAAGGCCAUCCGCUCCAGCAACGAGUACACUGAGGGGCCCUCAGUGGUCCGGAGGCCCCCUGCACCCCGUAUGGUCUCUAGACCCCAUGAAAAGCAGGAGAGGACUCACGAGGUCAUCCUCGUCAAUGUGAACAACAAUUAUGAGCACCGGCCAUCAGGUCACCACCAUCAUGUUGGGGGCAGCGUGGUGGUUGGAGGACAGCAGUAUGGUGGGUCUCGGGCACCAGGGCUCAGCCGCUCCACUAGCACAGGAAGUGCUGCCAGUUCAGGGAGCAACAGCAGUGCCUCCUCCGAGCAGGGACUCUUGGCACGCUCACCCCCCACCAGGCCUGACAUUAGCUUACAGCGUCACCACCGAGCAGAUCGGCCUGUUCGAACUCAGCCCAAGCCCAAGGCCCUUUUACAGACCCAGCAGGGACCUCAAUUCUACCAACCUCCACUAGAGGCUCCACUCAAGCCCCAGGGCAAAGGGAAAUCAGACUUUUCUGGCUCUGGCAAUGAGGUGGUGGUUGCUGCUGGGCACCAGUUCAUCUGCGAGCGCUGUGGGAAGUGCAAGUGCAGCGACUGCACGGCUCCCAGGAGCCUGCCUUCAUGUCUGGCGUGUAAUGGCCAGUGCCUCUGCUCUGCUGAGAGUGCACUGGAGCACGGCACGUGUAUGUGCCUUGUUAAGGGCAUCUUCUACCACUGCUCCAAUGACGAUGAGGGAGAUUCUUGUGCUGACCACCCCUGUUCACUGUCACGUUCCCACUGCUGCUCUCGCUUCCUGUGCAUGGGAUUAAUGUCGGUACUCUUCCCCUGUCUGCUGUGCUACCCACCUGUCAAGGGGUGUCUGAAGGCAUGCCAGGGUUGCUACGAUCGGGUUAAGAGACCUGGCUGCCGCUGCAAGAACUCCAACACUGUGUAUUGUAAACUGGAGAGCUGGGCCCCACAGACCCAGGAAAAACCUUCCUGAUCGCUUAGUGAUUGCCCAUGCACAGGAGACACUAGAUACAGGUCUUAUGAUGACAAUGAUAAUGAUAGUCACAAAUUAAUGUUUAUCAGACAUUCUGAGCACCUCCCAUCCACCUCCCCUCCUCGCUGCAGAACCCUAAGGAGCUAAGCAAAGGAGUAAUGAAAACCACUCGAUUAUUUUUAGUUUUAUUUUCUCUGGAUCAGGACCGUGUUUUUACAGACCAGUGUUUGCCUUAACUGUUUCUAUGUCUAUCCUCAGCUCCUCAUUAACACUAUUUUUUUAUAUAUAUAUAUAUAUAUAUGAAAAAGUUUUUCUUCCGUUUUAGGUAGGCUCUUUCCUCCGGGUCUGUGUGCCUGGUGGGAUCUGCCUCUCACCAAAUCUGUGAAGGACGAUCUACUAUAGGGCAAUUAUGUAGCUGUUACCUGGUAUUCAUAGCAAGCAGGUAUGUUUGAAUUUAUUGGUUGCUGCCACACUAAAAUCGUGGUUCCUAUGCUCAUUUGCGUUAACGAAAGCACAUCCAUCUCAUAGUAUUCUCCACUUGGAUAUGUUUCUCUCCUUCCACCCAUCUGAACUUUUCAUACACAUUCUGUUGCAUAUUCUCCCAUGUUUGUUUGUUUUGUUUUUUUUUCUUUUAUCUUGUGUAAAUUGUAUGCUCAAAAACCCAUAAGAGGAAUUCUGGCUAUUUUUUAAAAGGAAAAAAAAAAUGUCUGUUAAACAUUUUUUUUUGUUAAAAAAAUAUUUAUUAUGUGAAGCUCUAUUAUUUUAUGAUAUUUAUUGCAAGAGACAGUCUUAAAUUUACUCAUGUCUGAAUAUAACAAAAUAUCAAAAUACUUACUGAAAAAUUAAAGGGUGGCACAAAAGAAAACUAUGUUAACUUUAAUGCAGAAAAUAUAUUAAUU